AUGGCGGCUGCAGCGAAUGGAGUGCAGACGGUAACAGUCCAGAGGUUCAAUGUCGCUUCUUUGGGAGAACAGCACAGUUUCUACGACAACGGGACUGUUCGAGUGGAUGAUCGACCGGAUGUGGUUCCCGUACCGGCCCGGACUUCGGAGUACAAUGGAAAUGCCGGCGCGGACAUUAAGGAGGUGCUCGCUGAUGUUGGACGAGUUUUCAAGGCUGUCGGCCUUGAGAAAGCCAAAGAGGAUGGUGUGGAUGGUUUGCUAGACAGCGGGGCAAGUCAUGCUAUGAGACCGGAUGCACGUAUCCUGAAGCAGAAUGACCAGGGCACGAUCUUGGUGGAAGAUCAAGGAGCCAUCAAGAUGAAGGUCAAGCACAAUUGUCCAGAAGUUGCAGCGUGCGAUGCGUCGGAUAUGAUCCGGGAGCUUGAGAUGUUGGAAGUCUUGAAGAAAGAGGAAGUCCGGGAAUGGCGGCUUCCGGAAGACGUGGUGCAAUCGUUGCUGUCUGGAGGAGUUCGACCCGGGACUUGUCCGCUCGCUGGCAAGAUCCUGUUGGAGGUCGACAUCAAGGCCUCGAAGCUAUGGCAUGUUCAUUUGACCUCCGGUGUCUACAGGCUCCUGGAGCUUCAGUCUCUGAGGCGAGAGCUCUUUGAGGUGCGAGGACUUCUGAACCGCCUCGAGAGCCGCAUCCAGGCGCUUGAGGAAGAAGCAGCUUUUGAGCUGGUGGAUCCCUUGCCCGGGCCCGCUGCGGGGCCCUCUUCUCCCUCCCCCGGAUCAGGUGGAGGUUCGCUCUCCCGGGGUCCUCCCUUGUCUCCUCAGCCUGGUUCAGGAGGAGUUAAUCUCUCCCAGGCUCCUUCGCCUUCCCGCCUGCCCGGUUCAGGAGGAGGCAAUCUCUCCCGGGCUUUCUCUCCCCCUGAUCGGCCAGGAGUGGAUUUUGUUCUGGCCUACGACCUCGUUUCCGAGGUCUUCCCGGAUCGCUCUUCGCGGUCGAACCCUGGGCCGCCGAACUCUUCCUUUCGGACGGCCGUGGCUAAGGAGGUUGGCCAGUUCCUCCGCAGAGCCCUGGACGGAGGACAUUUGCGUACAUCGGGCAGGAGUGCCCUCACCCUGUCUUCCAAGUACUACAUUGUCCUUGCUGACUUUGAGGGUCGGCGCUUUUCUGAGCCUUGUGUCUUCUCUGCCUUUGCGCCGGCGAAAGCCCUCUGCAUUCGUGGCCCGGACAAAGGGCAGAGCAUCUUUGUGGGUCUGCGGAGGAUUGAAGCGGAGGCAGGGCCGACCCUGUCCUGCUCCAUCGUUGUGAUCGCCCAGUUUGAAGGCAGUUUUUUGGUGGCGGUUCCCCAGACGGCAUGGCGUCGCACGGCUGGGCAAAGGUACCUGCCUCGCACCGCGCUCAGCAGGACUGUGCUGGCCGAGGUCUUGGCAGCGGCGUCUGCCAUGCGACACGGCGUGAAGCUGAAGGUUUGGCUGGGGAUGCUGGACCCCGCUCUCGAGGGCCUGGUGGACUUCGCUGUGGAAGGCGAGUUGUCGCCGGAUGUGGGCUUUGGCUCUCGAGCAUCGGAGCGCUUGAAUCCCUACGGUCCUUCCUUGUCGGCGAUAGCAUCCGAGCACUACGCCUUUCAGACUCCGGCAGAGGAUGUUCAGAUGGAGGGCGGUGGCGCCCCCCGCGAUGGGGAGGAAUUUUGGGAGCAACGUUUGACGAGUUUGGAGGCUGGGGUUCAGCGCAUCCAGGCCAGCUUGGAAGCCCUGGUGGACGGGGUUCCAUUGAGUGCUCCCGCCGAGCAUCUUCCUGGGGCGGGCGUAGGACCUCUCCCAUCUCCUCCGGCUCCGAAGGCCGCAGCGCCAGAAAGGGAGAAGAAGAACGACCUCGAGGACAUUCUGGAAAGAGCGGAAGGAUGCCACGCAGCUUCUGAUAGGCGCCACUUGCAAGCGUACGCCGGUCCUAUCCGGCAGGCUUGGACCCUUGCUUCGAUCAUCGACCUCUUGAACAGCGGGAACAGCGAACAAGCGAAAGCAGUCGCGCUCUUAGCAGUCGCUGCUUUGGACCUAGCAGCGAUAGACAAUGGAAGCUGGCUUCUUGCCAGCGAGUUCUCGAUGGACAUCCAGCCGCCGUUCUCAAGCUUUCAGCGGCCACGUCAGCUCGACCCUCUCGAGUCCAGACAGAGUCGUGUGAUCGACCCGAGGUGGAUUUCGCUCUACAUGAGUCGCAUUCGCGAACGCGACGCCUACCACACAGCCAAACGCAACCUUGGAGGGGGGGAGGAGGAGCUCCGCUGCCCUCUACCGGAGACUCUGUGCCACCAGAAGUUCCUCCCAAGAAGCCGCCGAAGGGCGGCGGCAGAGGCGGGUCAUCCUGCAAGCUUUCUUCUUUCUUUCAUUCCAUCCGUCUUCUACCUCGCGCUGAGCGAGGGCCUUCUUGCACCUCAGGUGCUUCCCGGCGGCAUGGCGUGUGGCCCAUGCCCCUUCCCUACCCCGAGCUUCAUGCUCCGCGAUCCGGCGGCAGAAGGGAUCCUGAGUCGCCAUCUCCGUCUCGGGCUGGGAGAGCAGCUCACGAGCACCCAGCAGAGGGCUGUCGACUCUCUUCGUAUCGGAGUAUCGGCCUGGAACGCAGCCGGGCCUUAUGUCGGGCGGGCGGCUGCAAAGUUUGAGGCUCUGAAUGACAUGCUGCUGGCUUGCCAAACUGAGGCCGAGUCGGUUCGGGCUUCUGGUAUCCCCCUGUCUGAGGUGCUUUUCAGCUUUGCAGCUCCGUGCAAUGUGCUUCCGGUCGAGCCUUCAAGGCUAAACUUCGUUGGUACUCCCAGCUUCGACCCGCUACCUUUCUUGGACUCACGGAAUCGGGCUACAUACGCCCGUCCCCUUGACUUUGCCAGGGACAUCCUUGAAGACGAGAGCAUCCCACGAGUCGCCGUGAGAGCUGACCGGCGACAGACCUCGGAGCUUCUCCAAUUGCUGGACGACAGCGGCCGCCUUCGUCUUUUUGCCGAAUCGGAAAUUCGGCCCAGACUUCGGAACGGUUUGUUCAGCGUUGCUAAGGAUAGCUCGCGGGAUCGCAUGGUGCUAGAUGCUCGGACACCAAUCAAGCUGAGGAGACCGAAACCCGUUGGAUACGAUCCUUGGGGACCCUUGAACAAUUCCAAUUUCCAAUUCUUUUACCUGCCUGAUGAGUCAAAUUUUGAGAUUCACACAGAAGAUUUGAAGGAAUUUUAUCACAGCUUCAUCGUAGGAGAACAGCGAGCAAAACGGAAUGCCCUCGCGCUCGAGCUGACCUUUGAGGAUGUUUCUCAUCUCAGGGCGUGCUCCAAGUCGCUCCGCGGCUGCCGGAUUAUUCCGAGCUUGAAUACUAUGGCUAUGGGGGACCUCAAUGCUGUAGCUCUUGGUCAGACUGCUCAUCUUUCGGUUCUCCUUAGGAGUGGGGUGCUUAGGCUCAGUGAUUUCAUCACGCUUCAGGGCCGCCCGGGAAGACCAGGCAGCCAAAUCGCUGGCCUCUUGAUUGAUGAUUUCAUUUUGCUUGACCCGGUCCCGCGUCAGCUCCCGAGCCCUUGCUUUGAGCCUGCAGGCGUGCGGACCAUGCGAGCUGUCACCGAGUCGUAUCGCUCCAGCGGGCUUCCUCGCAAUGAAAGCAAGGCCGUGUCGCGAGCCGCGAUUGCCGAGUUUUGGGGCGGGCGGUUAGAUGGUCGUAGCGGGCUUCUCCGGCCAGGGCCGAAGCGCACUUCAGCCCUCGCUCAGUUCAUUCUUCAGCUUGUCCGAGGAGGCGUCAAUUUGGUGGGGAUGUUGGAAGUUGUCGCGGGCGGCCUGAUCUCAGCCCUUCAGUUGCGGCGCCGCCUCCUCAGCGUUCUCGAUUCUGUCUACAGCGUGCAGCGCCACCGGGACCGGCGUGCCUUUGUGCCUGUUGUGGGAGAGCUGUGCUCGGAGCUGCUAGUCAGCGCCGUGUUGCUUUGCCAGGUCGAUGUCGACUUGAGGGCGCCCGCUGCGCCAGUGCUCUUGACCACUGAUGCAUCCUCUACGGCUGAAGCCAGUGCGGCAGUCCAAGUGCCCGAGCGUUUCUCCCUUGAGAUGACUCGCCAUGGUUUGCAGCGUGGCCUUUGGGCUCGGCUGCUUUCUCCUGCGCAGGCUUACCUGCGAGAGCGCGGAGAGCUGUCAGAAUCGCAGGAGCUUCCCGAAGCUGUGUACGUCUCUCACCCUCUCUGGGAGGAAGUCUGCUCGUCUUUGCAGUUCCAGCAGCUCGGUCGAACUGUGAAGGUUAAAGCGCGGCGGCACAUAAACAUCGGGGAAGUGAGGGCUCCUCUUCGAAAGGAGCGAGUCGGUCAGGAUUUCCCAGGGCGAAGAUAUGUCCACCUGCAGGACAGCCAGGUCAGCUUGGGGUCUUUCGUGAAAGGGAGGGCUGCCUCCUCCGCUCUCAACAGAGAGCUUCGGAGGUCGGUUCCCGGGCACUUAGCCAAUCGGGUGCCCGACCAAGCCCCCUACGGCUUGCUUCGCUGGAGGGAGCACCAGCUCCGCCCCUCUCAGCUUGCAGGCCUGCCGCCCGAGAAUGAGCUGUGGGCCGACGCCCCAAUAGGUGAGGUCCCAGGCCCCGCUAACGCGCGGAUGCGUGCUGUACUUGGGCCCGAGCAGAGGGCUGCCAGCAUCCUUCAGAGGGCCCAGAUCGGGGCCGGGGAGGCUCUCGAAAUCUUCCGUCGCCUGCCGAAAGAGCUCUCUGCCAGGUCCACAAAGUGGAGCAGAACUGAAGCCUCGUUCUCGGCGGGGGUCUUUGUGCACGGGGGCAUUGUCGGGCUCCGCCGGACGUCGGGGCUGUUCCCGAACUGCAUCCAGGUUUUCACUCGGCUGAUUCGUGAAGCCCAGCCUGGCUUCGUUUUCAGCUCCCUCAGCGUCAAUCAGAAUGUGCGGUCUGGAGGUAUAUGGGUCUUAGCUGAAAGCGGCUCCGAGCGUCUUCGACACAGAGGCAAGGAUCACUACGGCGAGGUCCUCCCAGUCAGCGAGCGAGCUGUCAGCUUCGAUCCUCGACGUCUUCAUGCCAUGCAGCCAUGGUCCCGGCCUCCUAGCUCUCGUGGAUUUGAGCUUUCUCCUGAGCUCCGGCGCUCCCUUCUCGAGAUGCCUCCUGGGCGCUUCGUCAUCUCCUCUGCCUUUGGCGAUCUUUCCUCAGCCCUCUCCUCGGCUCCUGGGUGGCUCGAUCUUUUCUCUGGGUCUCGGGGUUUUGCUAAGGCUGCUAAGGCUCUUGCUGCUGCUGCUCCCGGCUGGGUGUUAUGCGUAGAUGUGAGCCAUGGCCUCGACGAAGACCUCCUGCGCACUGAUCUGCAAAAAGAGCUUCUGCGGCUCAUUCGGGGCCGAGCCUUUCACGGCGUUAGCGCUGGGCCGGUUUGCAGCUCGUUUUCGGGGGCGAUCACGCCGUGCUGGCGUACCAAGGAGUUUCCUCAAGGCCGUCCAGACUUGCGGAGCGAUCAGCAGGAUAAGGUUCUUGCUGGGAACAUGAUGCUGGAGUUUACUCUCGAGGUCCUGCAAGCUGCUGAAGAUGCUGGCACUCUUUUCCGGGUCGAGAACCCUCAAAAUAGCUGGUUCUGGAGGCAGCGAGCUUGGGACAUCCUGAAGGAGACUGUUCGCUGGGAUGAUUUUCUCUGUGAUAUGUGCGUCUUCGGUACACUCUGGAGGAUCAUCGACAUCAGGUCUUACGGGGAAGAGACCGCUCUUCCAGAGUCAGCUGGAUGCUGGCUGGCUUGGGGAUUUCAGGCCUCUCGACAUCUCUCGGUGUGCCAAGUGCAGCAAUGCCAGAAUCGGCGAAGCCUCCCAUCCCGGGCCCCGGAGAGCAGCCCGAAGGCCUGGGCAUCCAAUGAGGCUGGUGAUGAUGUGUGGAAAACCUUGCUUCUCCACCCCGACCUCCUCGUCGAAGCCCUUCUGAACUACGGUCAGGUCCUCUACGAUCGCGGGGCUUCACUUCAGGAGUUCCGCCAGCUGCUUGCACACUGUCCUCAAGUGGACACCUAUGCCCGGGCCGAUUCUUUGGGCUAUGAUCGGACUGAGUGUGUCUUGGGGCUGGCUCCGAUGGGCCGCCGAGCUCGAGUCCAGCACGUCGCUAUUGACCUCGAGGAGCACUUUGCCGUCUUCGUCAAAAGGGUCCUUGGAGCGCUCCCCCCGCGGGAGCUCCUCUUUCCUGGGAGUGCCGGAGUUUAUCGGCGCCGUUGGGACAGUGUCUUAGCUGCUCUGGACAUUCCGGCCAAAUUCAAGCUCACGCCGGGCUGUUUGCGUGGUGGUGGAGCUGUGGCAGCCUACCGCCGGAAACAGCCCAUCGCAGAUAUUCAGUGGACGAUGAGACUGCAGCAUCAGGCCACGCUUGCUUAUUACUUGCAAGAAGUCUCUGCUGAGUCUGUGCUUCCGAAGCUUUCAGUCGACGCCAGAAAGAAUAUCGUCGCUACUUCUGCUAUGCUUCCGUACCUUCUCCGUGGUUCCCCAGCGCACUAG